ACACACACAGCGCCGCAGGAGAAGCACGUCAUCCGCCCGCGACGAGCCUGCGAAGAUGGCUUCCUUGCAGAAGGGGAAGAAGAAGGUGGUAAACCAAGAGGACUUGCGGCGCUUGAUGCGGGAGAAGAAGCGUUCGACGGAGCGCGAUAAGCGCGUGGACUCGCCGCACGCCCGAUACAGCAGUGCGGGUCAGCUGAGCUGCGCGCUGUGCAACGCGCCGGUGAGGUCAUCGCUGCUGUGGCACACUCAUGUGCUGGGCAAGACACACAAGGACCGAGUCAGCGAGCUGAAGAACAGGGAGAGCACUCCCUCAUCAUCCUCAGUGCUGAAGAGCAGAACAGCACCCGCUCCUUCAUCAUCAUCAUCCUCAUCCUCAGUGCUGAAGAGAGGCGCGCCCGAGCCCGCGAGUUCAGCAUCAGGAGAAGCGAAGAGAGCCAAGACCCGCGUCACUGCAGGACAGCAGGAGCGGACGUCCGUAUCUUCAGGUCAGUCUGCAGGUCUCGUGCUCCUCGCUGGACAAUACGAUGAUGAUGGUGAGGAAGAGGGCAGCAGUGCAGCUCCAGCUGGAGAGCCGGUCCCGAACGCCGGGCUCCCCGCGGACUUCUUCGACAGCAGCAGCGUCUCCGUGUCUCACUCCGGCUCCGUGUCCGAGUCUCAGGCCGUCUCCGAGUCUCACUCCGGCUCUGUGUCUCAGGCCGAGGACGGAGGCGAGGAGAGGAAGGACGGCCCGGCCGAAGCUCUACCCGAGGGUUUCUUCGACGACCCGGUGCGCGACGCCAAGGUGCGUAACGUGGACACGCCCCGCGACCACAUGGACCGCGAGUGGGAAGAGUUCCAGAAGGAGAUGCGGCAGGUCAACAGCGCGUCCGACGCCAUCGUGGCCGAAGACGACGAGGAGGGGCGGCUGGAGCGGCAGAUCCACGAGAUCGACCAGCAGAUGCUGUGCUUCCGGCGCGUGGAGGUCCUGAGAGCCAGACAGGAGCUGGUGAAGAGCGCGCUGAGCCGAGCGAGACUGCAGAGAGACGAGGCGAGGCUGGCCGGCGGAGAGGAAGAGGACGACGAGGAGGAGGAGGAGGAGGAGCUGAUGCACGUGCUGGCGCAGGACUGGAGGGCCAAAGGAGCGCUCGCCUGAACACACUCCUGCGCUCGCCUGAGCUGGUGUGUGUGUGAACUGUGUGUACAGACACUGACUCCAGCAGCUUCACAUGAGCUUGUACAUGCUUUGAUUCUUCAUAUAAACAAUCACGCAGUUGAGAGUUCUGGUGUGCAGUGAAUGAUGAUCAAACAUGAUAUAUAUAGAGCUGAAACCAUUCAGUGGAGAACAAUUUUAUAGAUUUCAUUUCUGGAAGAGAGGCGUACACACGGUUUUUAUGUGUACGUUGGUUCUCUGAAUAUUAAUAUCAGACCUGUUGGGCAGGAAUGAAGAGAUGA